AUGAAUCAAGUUCAACAAAAUUCAUCAGUACCAUCAACAUCAUCUAUACCUCCUCAUGUGGAAAACUUGUCUCAAAUUCAUACAAACUCUAAUCCAACUUCAAAUCAUAUCAUACAAGAGGUAGAAGAAACAGCUGAAGAAGAAGAAGAAGAAGGAGAAGAAGAGUAUGAUUCAAAGAAUCGAAAUCUAACCCAUCAUCAUAAUCCAUUGAAUAUGAAUAGUAAAGUUUGUGGCGCAGCAUUCAAUACUAUGCCAAUUUAUGAUCCACAAGGUAGUUUAGUUGGUCUUCAAGCACCUAUAGACAGGAAUAUUAUGGAAGAAUUUGAUAAUGAACAAAAAAAUGAAUCUUUUCAAUAUAACUUACCUUUACACUCUGCUUAUCAUCCUCAUCAUCUACAUCCUCAAUAUAAUUUAUCUCUUCAAAACAAUCCUAAUAUUAUUAUACCAAAUGAAUAUAAUAUACCAUAUACUGCGUAUACUUUUAAUCCACAUAAUCAUCAUUUGUUUACACCGUUACCAUGUCAACCACAAGCACAACAACAACCACAAUACUAUCAACAAAACUAUCCUCAUAUUCAUAAACAGCAGCAACAGCAGCAGCAGCAGCAACAGUCAUCAGUGCAACAACAUAAUCAUCAACAAUCACAUUAUAUACAUCAGUAUCAACCACAACCAGCUAAAACACUUCUAGUUAGAUCUGCUUCUGGAAUUAUUGGAAUUGAUCAAAAUAAUUAUAAUAAUCCUGAGAUAUAUCAACCAUUAGCUAGUGAUAAUACAUUUGAUAAAUGUCCAAUAGUUUGUAGUCUAUUUGCAAUUUUCUGUUGUCCAAUAACAAUAUGGUGUUCAGUACCAGCAUUAGCUUAUUCAUUAUGUGCAUAUACUGAUUAUCGUACUGAUAAUAUUAAUGAAUAUCGACGUAAAAGUGAUAUUGCAAGAUAUUUAGUAAUUACAGCAUGUUUAAUUGGUUUAUUAUUAUGUAUAACAUGGGGAAUAUUGACAUUUUUUUAUUAUGAAUUAAUGUUGACAAUAUUCAAUGAUAUUGUACGCGUUAUUACACAGAGAAUACGAUCAGGUACAUAA